AUGACUCGAUCCCACGCAUGCACUGCAAACCACACGCCGUGGUUUGCUGGUAUAUGGCAAUGGUCGCUGCUAUGCCUCCCGUUGCUCACCACCGCUGCUGCUGCUGCUUCCUCGAUGCCCUAUAAUCCGACCCGAAUACUGCAAGAUGGCGACCACGCAUACGUUUUCCAUCCCUCCUCGGACGACUCGGCGCAGUUCCAGCUCAGCGUCAUCGACUAUUCCUCAAACAUUGCUGCGGCCAACAUGCCGUAUACCAACCUUUACUCCACUCUGCCCUUCCUCGACGCCAAAUCCCAGCGCCCGUUCAACGCCAUAUUGAACGGAAAAGGCAAUAUUACAGUCUACACGGGAGACUGCACUCUUGGUGCAAGCGGGGCUCAAGUAUGGUCCUUUGUACCCGAAUCGCCAGGGAGAGACGCGAAUGGGAGCUGGACACGACAAGAUACGACAUUCGCCCGUGACAGCAAACACCUUUUGGACAUGGGUCCCAACUACCUCAGCGCUGGCAUUGCCUUCUCUGCCACGGUGGACAGCGACGUCAUGAGCACCAGUGCAUACUUUUUUGGUGGCAUGUGCCCGUUUCAAGGUACUAAAGAUACAGAUUGGCAGUCGGCGGCAAAUUAUUCCAAUCUCAUGAUUACAUUGGAUCCAUCCCAAUCUAGUGCCAAAUCAGUCACCUACCAGGUCGACGUUUCGUCAAGUCGGGGUCCACCUAUAGCGGAGGCGGGCUUUUCUUUGACCCCUCUGAUCCCGAGCUUCUCGAAUCGUAGCGAUGGCGCCCAAAUCCAGCAGCAGAGCUUCGCCCUGAUUGGAGGUCACACUAGUUCUGCUUUCAUCAACACCUCACAAAUUGCCAUCUUCUCACUCCCGCAACAAGGUUGGACUUUUGUGCCCGUAGCGCAGCCGGAUACGUCUCGUACAGAUCUGUCCAUCCGGAAUGAAGUUGAUGCUAUUGAACCUCGUUCAGGGCACAGUGCUGUAUUGUCUCCGGACGGACAGAGUAUGGUCAUCUUUGGAGGUUGGAUUGGCGACAUUAAUACUCCUGCCGACCCUCCGCUAGCUGUACUUAAUGUCGGUGAUGGCUACGGAGGACAUGGCCCCUGGCAGUGGUCGGUGCCCAUCGCUUCUGGUCCUGGUUUACCUGAUGGCUCUGGCAUUUACGGUCACGGUGCAGUCAUGCUUCCUGGAAGUGUCAUGAUGAUCAUUGGGGGCUACAAAAUACCCACGUCAACUUCCCAUCGGCGUAGAGCAGCAUCUGCCAACUCUCAGACGCUCUUCUUUAACCUGACUUCGAACGCCUGGAUCUCGGAAUAUUCUCCACCACCUGAAAUAGCGUCUUCCCCGCCUGCAUCAACAGGGCCAUUAUCAACAAUGUCGCAAAAGGCUGGACUCGGAGCCGGUCUCGGUAUUGGAAUGGCUGCCGUUCUUGGUUUGAUGGGCUUCUAUUUUUGGUAUACCAGAAAACUUAGGAAGCAGCGUGAAGUCAGGGAAAAGCAGUUGAGCGAGCUUUCCAGGGGCGCAUAUCGAUACAGCGUAGGACCCAUUCCAUCGAGCACAGACGGCCGUGAUGGACAGAAUAUGUACCAUGUGAACUCAAACGACUCGUUUUUCCACCCGGUGCCGGAUCACCAACAGAAUUCUGGAUGGCGACGAGCCAAUUCUUACGAAGCAGAAAGGACCGGCUUGCUCGUUGAAAUCCCAAGUCCGACUCGCGGUUUACGACGAAGUUUAGGUCACAGGCCAAACCAACCGAUGUCGCGUUAUGAUGAGAAGCGAAUGAGAGGGUCCGGGAACAUUCAUCCAAUUGACGAACUCGACGAAGAACAAGAAAUGGAGACAUCCAGUGAGCAAACUCCGUUAACCAGGCAGCCCGAAAUGCAAGAGAUAGCCUCGCAUUCACGGACCCUAUCCGAAGAUACCGAUCCAUUCACAGACCAUCAUCAUACAGGCAACGAUCGCAGUGGCCCGUUUCAUUCGGUACCAACGUCUCCCUCACAAGAUGUAGUGUACGAUUUACCACACAAAUCGCCCAAGUUGAAUUUAGUGGGCGCUGUGGACCUCCCCCGCUGUUCAGGUCCAAGCCUGGAUGGAAGAGAUUCACCUACAAAAUCUUCGUAUCGAACAGGCUCUGACUUGAGCGAGCGAAGUGCGCGCUCGAUGCGUAGUGCAAUGCGUUCUCCUACUGUAUUGAAUAUCGAUGUGUCGGCAGACAUACCUACUGAAAGCAACGCUCGUCCUAAUACCGCAAAUGCUGACGCAGAAUCUUUUACCACUGCUCGUUCAUCUUUCAUGGCUCUCAAAUCGGAGGGUGAAGCGCUGCUUGGGGGCAAUCCUGAGAGAACCAGACCGACAACUUCAUCGACUUCUGAUGGUUCAAACGGUCAUCUACUCCACGACAUAGAAGACAGCACAAGUCGGUGUGGGACUACUACCACUGCAGCCACCUCACGGACAGAAGGUCUAGCCCGAGCCGCAUUUGGCAGAGAAAGAAGAAAGAGUCUGAUGGGUACUGUGAAACGAGCACUGUCCAGAACCACUGCACCAGGCAAUCGAACAAAGUCCAUGACGAACGCAACAAUGCACUUUGAGUCGUACAAAGAUGACCCCGAAGCAACCGACCACUCGGUGAGAGCGGCCAAACACAAAUCACUACCGGCACCGGCACCACCAAGGCGCGCUGUCUCGGACGCCAGUGCCUGGCGAAGUAGAAGGGGGAAGCAAGAUUGGGAGGAUGACGAACUAGAUCCAACCGACCCGCGAGCCAGAUGGAGGCGCAAUAGUGGCGAUGAUUGGGGUGCUCCCGAAGACGUUGCGUUUGCAGAGCAGCAACGCCAACGCCGCGAAUGGCGAGAACGCGGCAAUUUGCUCAUCAACCUGACCGACGACGAUCGCCUACCAACCCCAGACUCACCAAUCCAUGGCAGAGAACUCGGUGUGCCAACGAACAGAGAAAGACCGUGUACACCUGCAGAUGAAGACGAUUGGGAUGUCGAAGCUGCUGUAGAGCGACGGGUCGUUCAAGUCAUGUUCACAGUGCCACGAUCGAAAUUGAGGGUCGUUAAUGCAGAUGUGGACCGAAGCAGCCUUCUGUCUCUGGGGCGGGAAACCUCAAACGAUAGCGUUGAAAUCGACCAAGAACACAAGGACCCUCCAAUAAUCAGCAUGGACCGAAGUAAUCUUGUGUCUCUGGCGGAGGAGACCUCAAAUGACAACAGGGAUAUCAACGAGGAGGCUAAGGACCCUCCAGCAAUCAGCGAUAGCAGCAGCAGUAACAGCAGCAUCGGCAAGUCCACCUACUCUACUCACGGAACUCCCAGUAGAGUCAAAGACCUAGCAGGCAAGUUUGAACAGCUGAGCUCACCCCAGAGGACGCCUCGUGCUUCCCCUAGACCGUCCCCAUCACCCUCCAUCAAGUCAAUGAAGAUUCGGGGGAAAAAUAGUUCCGCGUCCUUGAAUAACAAUAACACACCGAGGAAAAACAGCGCACAUUCCAUGGUCGCCGGCGCCAUAGAAGGAAACCGGUAG